AUGACCACAGACAGUGGUAACGAGCUCGCAGACUGUCUUUCGACGUAUCUACGCCCUCUAAACGAUAUAGACGACAAUGUGGCGACGUCAUCUGCAGAAAUCAAUUACGAAGACUUUGAAGAGUUCAAAAACUCCACAGAUUUGACGUUUUUCGAGCAGGAUUGCAAGGAAAUUCUUAAAGAGUUGAAGAAAAAAGCGGAAAAAGUGGUGGCCAGCGGUGAAAAAUGCGAUAUUCGAAACGUUUUCGAGGAGAGUGGCAUCGGAAUCAUGAAAUUCAAUCUGUUUAUCUGGUAUUUUCUGGAAAACGGAAGAAAAUCUGAUUCCACUGAGGAAGCCGUGGAGAAUGGUGUCUACGCGGCGAGUUGCUAUGUGGCAAUGUGCGCCUGUGUGGGUGCAAGCACCGAUUUGUAUCAAGUUGGACUUUAUAAUCUCUGCCUAAAAAUCACUCGAAACUGCUGCCACACUGUUCGCAUCGGUGAAAUGGUGGGCGGCGCCAAAAAAGUGGGCGGAGCCAAGAAGAAAAAGGGCGUGGCGGCGAAGAAGGCGGAGCCAGAGCCAGAAGAAGCGGAUGCUCCAGUAAUAGGCCCUCCGAGAAUCUCGGUUGACUCGGCGGAACGAUUUUUGAAUCAUUUAUCCACUCAAUUUUUUGGAUUUUUGUAUGGAAAUACGUUCUCAAUCGACGCUCAAACACUUAUGAUGACUAUGGAGAUGAUUGAAGACUUGGGACGAAUCGAUUUGGAUUUGAGAACGAUUUCCAGAGCUUGUCGAGCGAAUUCUGUGAGAGAAUUCAGGGGAUUCGAGAGAUUCACUGAUAGAUAUUCGGCUUUUGUGAAUGUUCUGAUCGAGAGCAAGUAUCAGACGAGAGCCGAGAUGGCCUACGGUCGUCUAAUCCGUCCCCGUCUGGCCCUAAUGCCCUACCCCGACGAGUCCUCGAAAUCGUCCAAAAUCUCAACAGAACGUAAGCGUGCCGGUGAGCUCGCCGUCAACAUUUUGCUCUUUCGUCUUUCAACCCGUCAUCCGAAUCAAAAAGAGAUGCAUCUAAUCAACACAAUCAUUAUAAUGAUCUAUUCUCAGUGUCCAGAUCUCUCGGAAUUCCGUCAGAAUAUCGCUCAAUUCAUCUGGAAAUGUCUGGAAGCGAUGCCGUAUGCGUAUGCUUAUGACUUUGUUCAGUUGAUGAGUGUCAUGUCGAAAACUCGAGGGGGCGGAGUCAAAGCGUUGAGCAAUGAGCUCGCGAGUGUACUGUUGGGCAUGGAUUGGGGGAGGGACGAUCCAGGGCCACUAGAGGAGGCGGAGCCUGAGCAAGAAGAGGAGGAGGAGGCGGAGCUUCCUGAAGAAGAAGAAUCCGACAACGACGAAGAUAUGGAAAUCCGACCCAAAAAAGGCCCAAAAACCCUCAAAAAACCCUCAAAAACCCCCGAAAUCGCCCGAAAAUCCGCAAUUUCCAUACUUUACAACAUUGUCUACCUCGCAUGCAUCGAUAAAUCCCCCUCAAUGCGUCUCCACGGAGCGAAUUCUCUCGCGAAAAUUCUGGAUUCAGAAGUGCAUCGCAUUGAUUUUCAAAAGUUUUGUCGAGAGGCGAAUCAAGAGAUGGAUAAAAUGUUUGGGGAGGAGGAGGAGCUUACGACGGAGGGGGCGGAGCCUCCGGAAGAGCCAAAAGAGCCCACCAAAGGCUCCAAGAUGGUGUUAGUCCUCGAAGACAAUAUAAUUGUGCAUAAAUACAAAAAAUUGAAAAAGUUGGAUGCGAGAGGGCCGAAAGUGGAGAACGAUAUGAUUUUUAUGAUACUCCGAAGACUCGCUACAGAUGAGAAGGCCCCCGUUAAAAAAGCCUCCUGCGCACUUUUGAAGUCGUUCCUUCAGAAUUGUGAGGCUCUCGAUGAGAAGAAGUUUGAUACGAUACUUAUGGCUAUUCAAAAGUUGUGUCGGGAUAAGAUGGUGUCGGUGAGAAAGCAGGCGGCCGAGGCGUUUACCGAUGUGAUGCUUAGUGGGAAGGUGGUGUUUAAAGAGACUCUCGGAUCGAAAUGGCUUCACUCGUUGAUUUCAAUGCUCAAUGAUACGGAUAAUGUUGUGACGGAGCACGCGAGAAUCCUUAUUAUGAAAGUGCUGACACCCCUGCUCGAGACGCCAUCCGACCUAACAUGGACUCUCCUUGAUACCAUCGAAUCCGUUACAAAUCACCGUCAAUAUCUGAUGACAACACUGAAAGACGCCGUUCGUGAGAAGUUGGUCAAGAAGACAGUAAUGGAAUCAAUGAAGACACAUAUCAAAUCUUCUGGAAAUACUGAUCAGAAACUGAACGGCGCAUGGAUGGUCUUCUCCCAGUUGUGUGUCCAAUUCGAGGCGAAUGUCGAUUUUGCGAUCGCUGAGCUCUCGAGAGUCGAUUUGACGCAGAAAUCGAAUUUAGUGCAGUACAUGGUUCAUGUCAUUGAGAAUAAUAUUGAGAGAAUUGACGCGGAGACGAAGAAAACGCUCGUUGAGACGUUGAAAGACACUUUCAGACACUUUUGUCUACACUCUUCACACGCCCGGAGUUUGUAUCAUUGUUUGGGAAAGUUGAUGGAUGGAAUUGGGGAUAAGGCGCAGUACCCCGCAGAAUUCCAAUCAUUCGGUGACAUUCUGCUCACAAAAUGUUUCGAUACAAUCGUCGAAUCAUUCGAAAUGUUCAAAGAUAAAGAUGAGUGGAAACGAGAAUCCGAACGACAGGAACGUCUUCUGAUUGUGUGUUUGAAUGUGGCGACGGAGGUGUUCUCGUAUUCUCCAAAGUUGAUUCCAGCUCAUGAGAGACUCGGAAAAACACUCGCAUUGAUUGUGAAUUCAACUGAUUGUCACGGGGGAUCUGGUGAUGCUGCAAUUGCUGAAAUCAAUCCAGAUAUGCCAUCGGAUCAUCAUACACGACCACCGACUGCCGUUUCGGAAGUCGCUUCGUCUCAGAAGACGACUUCUGGAGGGAUUAUGUCACAUGAGGGAGUACUGUUUAGUGAUCAAGUUAGAGCUGUCUCUGUUGUCACACUCGCUAAUAUGAUACUCGCGCACGACCGUCUGCUGAAACUGAUGCCAAUGCUUGUGAAACAACUGCAACACAAUCCGUCUCAUCAGAUUCGCUCGAAUAUAGUCGUCGCAAUGGGCGAUAUUUGUGCAUCAUUCAAAACCGAUCGAUACGCUCCAAUGUUGGCGGCGUCAAUCUGUGAUCCGUCUGUUCUCGUCCGUCGUCACGCCAUCAAUCAAAUCGCUCGUCUCAUCUCGUAUGGCAUUUUCAGAUUCAAGGAUGAGAUUAUGAUCCGAAUGAUGUUGGCAACACUGGAUGCUGAUGAAGACGUUCGCAAUGAUGCGAAACUGUAUAUUAGUGAAGUGCUCCAAUCCGAGGACCCGAAAUUCUUCAAAGACAACUUUGUGCAGUACAUGUUGGCAGUGACACAAGCGAGACGACUCAUCGGAUGUAAUGAGAAUGAAAUGGAUGAUAAAGUGAUCGACGUGGCGAUCGGAGGAGGCAUCUCACUCGCAAAAUCGUCUCGAAUCGCCAUUUAUACUUUCAUGAUUGAAUCGUUGGACGAUCGAAUGAGAUUCGAUGUGAAAAUUAGUAUUUGUGAGCGAAUCUUUACGAGAAUCGUCAAUGGAGAAUACGAUUUCGCAUCGGAGAACACACAGAACUUGUUGGAUGAUGCGUUGAUGAUCAUGUCGUCAAACGAGAUGCAAGUAAAAAUGGACGUAGGAAAAGAUCCAAACGAGAACGCCCUGGAGGAUCCAUCGCCAGAAGUGAUCGAAGCGGCUGCAGGAUUUAUGCAAAAAGUGUAUUUGGAUCACUAUAUGAAGACAAUUGUCCCAUCGAUUCUCGCUUUGAGAGAGUUUCUCUCUCAACACCGAUCGCCACUUCUUCGUAAAUCACUUUUGGCGAUCCGCAUGAUUUGUAUGGAACACAAAAACGAUAUCGACGAAAUUCUUCAGGAUAAUCGACAGUUGAAAGAGGAAAUGAUGUUCGAAUUACAGAGAGUAAAACAGCGAAAUGAGGAAGCGCAUCGGAUAUUGGAUGACUAUUUGAACAGGGUGAAGGUACAUCAGGAAAAGGAACGCGCCGAAGGAGCGCCAGAGGAUUCAAAGGAAGCUCCAGAAGACGUGGAAAUGGCGGAAAAUCAUCAAAAAACGCCCGAAAAACGGCUGAAAAAUCCGGCGAUCGAUCAGUUGAAAACGCCUCUUCGAAGCCGUACUGAGGAGCAGUUGACUCCACGGUCACGUCUUCUGUCGCCGACGACGAUGCGGAAGAUUCGAAGAAGCGUUGGAGCAUUGAUUAACUCGGAAAUGUGUCUUAAUGCGCUUAGUUUGGAGGAUACGGUGGUGGAGCCGAGUGUGAAGGAGGCGGAGUCGAAGGGGGUGGAGCCUAAGGGGGUGGAGCCUAAAGAGAAGACGAUUCGGGAGGAGGAGGAGCCUGAAGGGGCGGAGCCUAUUCAGGAGGAGGAGCUUAAGGAGGCGGAGCCUAAGGAGAAGACGAUUAGAGAAGAGGAGGAGCCUGAGGGGGCGGAGCCUAUUGAGAAAGAGAAGACGAUUCAGGAGGAGGCGGAGCCUAUUCAAGAGGAGGAGCCUAAGGGGGCGGAGCCUAUUCAAGAAGAGCAAGAGGAGGAGGAGGAGCCAGAAGAGAGAAGAAGAUCACGCCGCCGAAAAACUCCAACAAUUCACACCGACGACGAUGAGAACGAAUCGUUGGAUGCCAAUGGGAAAAAGUGGAAGAAACCAAAAAUUUCAGGCAAAUCGCCCGAAAAAGAAGCGAACAUCUCCUCAGCGAACGUCACCGUCCGCAGAAGUCGUCGUGGUCGUGCUUCAGAAGUCGCUUCAGAAGUCACUUCAGAAGACGUCGUCGUUCCGAAGCAACGAAAACGGAAGGCUGUGGAGGAGGAUUCAGAUGAGCCAACGACGACACCACCGACGUCAUCUGAAUUGCCUUCAGAAGACGUCCGACCGUUGUCACGUGUGAUGACUCCAAUGCUAUUCGACGAGACGAAAGUGGGCGGACGUUUAUGUUCGACGCCAAUACGUGGAAGAGAUUCGGAUACUGUAGGUGACGUCACGUUCGAUGACGUCAAUCUGUCGGCGAUCACUGAGAAUGAGCCGGUGAAGAAUAGAAAAAGCCACGCCCAAUACCUGCAACAAAUCUUCGAAGAGGACGAAGAGAACUAA